GUGAAAUGAAUUUUGAGUCACACAUUCAGUGCUUCAGUGGAAAGCUGUAAAAACUCUUAAACAUUUUCUUGAAUAUACAAUAAGAGAAAUAAUAUAUAAAUAUAUACUUUAUACGGCUGUAGCAUGGACACAUCUAGUGCCGAUGCUCAUGGAUUGGUUUCCAAGGGCGGACAAGCCAGUCAACUGGCCUUGCCCCGCAUUGAGCGGAUUACGGAUGUGCCUCAAUUUAUGAAGGAAUCGCAGAACUUCAAUGGCAGCAUUGAGAAACUAACCAAGUUCAUUGAGAACCAGCAGCAACAGUGUGAGGACAUCAAGAUGCUGCUCAAGCAACAGGUGCAGCUGCAGAUGGAUACACUGCAUCAGGUAAAGGAAGAUAUUCUGGAAUUGCAGCGACAGCUUCGUGAACCCGGCCAAGGACAAACGAAGAUCUUGGUCAAGUUUCUCGAUGAGACCGAAGUGAAUGAAUACGAAACGAUGGAUGCUCUGGCACGCUACAACAUCAAGAUGAGUUCACUGUACGGUGAAAUACUGGCCCUUGACAGCGAUGUCGACUAUGUCAGCUAUUUGGCCAGCAUUGCCAGGCUCAACAAGGAAUAUGUCCUGGAAUGGCAUAAGCGCGAGAAGCUGCAAAAGCCCAAACUGGCAAAGAUCAAAGAUAAAACUGGAUAAUCUAUAAAUGCUUGGGGGGAGCUAUAAGUUAUAAGAGUAUUGUAUUGUAUUGUUAACUAAAUUGCAGGUCAUACACCAAAAACUAAACCCAAUAUCAGUUAUGGUGACACAAAAAGAAAGACUGCUCAAUUAUUGAGUUCUUAGUUUCAGCACAC